AUGGCAGAUUCCAACACAACUAACUUCACCAACCCCUCCACCUUCAUCCUGCUGGGCAUCCCUGGCUUGGAGUUGGCCCACGUCUGGAUCUCCAUCCCCUUCUGCAUCAUGUACGUCAUAGCCCUCUUGGGCAACUUCCCCAUCCUGUUCAUUGUGAAGAAGGAGCCGAGCCUCCAUGAGCCCAUGUACUAUUUCCUCUGCAUGCUGGCGGCAGCUGAUCUGGUCCUGUCCUGCUCUAUCUUGCCCAAAAUGCUGGCAAUCUUCUGGUUCAGUUCCAGGGAGAUCGAUUUCAAUGCCUGCCUCACCCAGAUGUUCUUCAUUCAUAGCGUCUCAGCAAUGGAGUCUGCGAUCUUCGUGGCCAUGGCUGUGGAUCGCUACGUGGCCAUCUGCCACCCCUUGAGACAUUCCACCAUCCUGACAAACUCUGUGGUGGCCAAGAUGGGCCUGGCCGUGGCAUUACGUGGUGGCGUGCUCAUACUGCCCUAUCCCUUCAUGGAAAGGCAGUGGCCAUAUUGCAGAACCAACAUCAUCCCCCACUCCUACUGCGAGCACAUGGCCGUGGUGAAGCUGGCCUGCGCCGACGUUCGCGUCAGUAGUUACUAUGGCCUCUUUGUGGUAUUCUUUGUGAGUGGGGUGGAUAUCUCAUGUAUCGCCAUGUCCUACACACAGAUCAUCAGGGCCAUCUUUAGACUCCCCACAAAGGAUGCCCGGCUCAAAACUUUUGGCACCUGCAGCUCCCACCUCUGUGCCAUCUUAGCCUUUUACAUCCCUGCUCUCUUCUCCAUUCUCACCCAUCGGUUUGGCCAGAAUGUGCCUCUGUAUUUCCAUGUUCUCUUUGCCAAUGUCUACAUCCUGGUGCCCCCCAUGCUGAACCCCAUCAUCUACGGGGUGAGGACCAGACAGAUCCGGGACAGGCUGCUGCAGCUGUUGAUUCAUAAAGGGAAUUAA